AUGCAAUUGGAAGAUAUCGAAGGAAAAAAACUGGUGGAAAAGACGGUGGACUUUGAACCUGGCACAACACUAUGGGUCUCAUAUUAUGGACUUAUGCAAGCAACUGAAGGGUAUAGUAAGAGUCAUUUGCUUGGCGCUGGGAGUUUUGGCUCCGUCUAUAGAGGGACUCUUAAUAAUGGAAGGGAUGUGGCUGUAAAGGUGUUCCAUUUGCAUCUGCAAAAUGCAUUCAAGAGUUUUGAUGUAGAAUGUGAGCCAAGUAAUGUUCUGCUGAAUGAAGAUAUGGUUGCCCACUUGUGCGAUUUUGGAAUUGCUAAGUUACUGGGUGAAGGAGAAAGCAAUGUAUACACUACAACCCUGGGAACACUAGGUUACAUUGCACCAGAGUAUGGAUUGGAAGGAUUAGUGUCAAGUAGAUGUGAUGUUUAUAGCUAUGGGAUUACGUUAACGGAAGUAUUUACAAGAAAGAAACCAAGCAGUGAAAGUUUUUCGGGUGAUAUAAGCCUAAGGAGCUGGGUAAAUGAUUCUAUGCCCAAUGCAAUGCCUCAGAUUAUGGGCCAGAAAAAGAACACUACACAGAAAAGUUGA